UAAGUCGGGCUUGCGACGAAACAGGUAAGACAUACAAAAUGGCCAAAACAAAACGUUACCACAUCAUUUGUCUGGCUCACACCAGCACAAAGUCGAAACGGUUAACUUAACACAGACAGCAGCGACCAGCAUGGAAAGUAAAUAUAUAAAAAUGAGAAAGUAACAACAAUAAACGAUGCGAUAAUACCGCAGUUGGGCUAAGUGAGGGUUAGAGAGUCGUGGAGCAGACGGCAGCGUAUGAGCGCAACGCUUAGUCAACCCGUAGAAUGGAUUUUAGAAUACUAAAUGAAAAAGUGUUUGCAUGAGGUGCGCGCAACGUAAUUAAAUGUUCAUGUUUUUGUUAUUGCUUCUGUAUGAAAAUUAAAUUUAAAAGUGAAAUUAAAAACGCAACGAAUAAUAAAGGUUGAAUCCGUUUUAAUUAGCGAGGUUGCACAAGAUUUCCACGGCGAUCAGUGCCUCAAUUGUUUGUGUAUCUCUUGUUGAAUCGCAACCAGCAGCAGUUAUGGCACAGAAGUCAAAAUUUUGGAUAUAUGCACUUGGCCACCGCCCAAAAAAUGCAGUAAAUAAUUUAUUAACAACAUUUUAUAUCUUAUUGAUUACUAAAUUUGGAUAUGGUGCAGCGCAAUUACUAGAGGAUACGCAAUAUUAUUACGUUGGUUGUUACACAGAGCGAACCGAUCUACCGCAAGAAUCUAUCUUCUCAAAAACGCCACAGAGCUGCAUUGAAAUCUGUGAACAUCAAACGCACAAAUACGCUAUUUUAUCGGCCGAACAAUGCUACUGUUCUGACAAUCUCAUAGCAGAAGAACGACAGGAUGAACAAUUAUGCAAUAAGCGCUGCAUGGCGAAUAAGUCACAAUACUGUGGUGGUGCAGGUGUGCACAGUUAUUAUAUUAUCAUAACAGCGCGGGACGCUUCUCCAAACAAUCUCAAAGUUACGAAUGCUACAGAAAACAGUCUCACUAUAACAUGGCAGGCAGUAUUAUCCAUAAAACGUACUGCACCUGGCAUGAAUGCAGCUCAAACACUGGAAGUCACUAACUACCUCAUCAAGUAUGAAGUAAUGCAUACAUAUUCCUCGCUGCCAUUUUUUCCGCAGCAUGAAUUCAUCUUGCAAAGCACAGAGCAAAGUUUUGAAAUCACUGAUUUGCAUCCAGCCACCGAUUAUAAUAUAAGCGUGGACGCUAUGUGUGGGGAACUGACGUGUGGUAGUGCAUCUGUCGUUGGCAGCACUAUUGUAGGCACACCGAGUCCUACGCCACGUCAACCCCGUAUUUUGGCCACCACUGAUGAAACUAUUUCAAUUGAAAUUCCGCCGAUCAAAAAUGACAAUGGACCUGUAACGAGAGUUUUGAUUAUUGUGGAACGUUUAGAUGAUUUACUAAGUCAGCCAUUUGAUAGCGAUUUGCUUGGUACUUGGCAGAGUGCACAAAAGAAUGGUGUACCUUAUUACAUAACCGGUGAGCUGGAUUAUCAACAGACAGAUCAAAAUCGUUCCCGAGAUUUUGUUGUUGGAGACGGAAAACGUUAUGGAGCAUAUUCAAAUCCAGUGUUAGACAACAAAAAAGGUCAUGUUCACAUUAGUCUCGGAAUAGUAAGCAUUUUGAAUGGUAAUACAAAGACACUUUACACACACAGCACACAUGAUCAGCAUCAAACUUCUUUAGAUGACUUCACUUAUGCAACCUUCGAUUCUGGACGUGAAUCCAUCAUAGCUUUAGCGGUUACAUGUGUUAUAUUUGGCACAUGCCUAGUUCUUAGUUUGAUGACGUAUUUCUAUCUGCGCUACAAAACUUGUCAAAGUCGCGGUGGCUUAGGAAACGCACAUGAAAUGACCAUGCAAGUGCCAAUCAUAGAACGUGAGAAUAAUGGAUUUGUAGUCGAGGACGAUUUACCCACUGCCGAUAACUUUAAACAACAAUUAGAUGAGAUAGUUACAAGCUUAGAGAACACUCAACGAUUGCACAGAAAUGCACUGCGCAUGAAUGUUAACGAUAUUGUGGCCGAAGGUCGCUACGGUGAGGUAAUAACAGGCAAACUAAUUUCCUCUAGUGUUCCGGAAGUUAAUUAUGAUUGCCAGUUGCAUGUACUAUCGCUUGAUGAUCUGUCCAGCAACGAUCAAGCACAUUUGUUGAAAGAUUUUCGCAAUUUGUCGCGUCUGCAACGUCAUGAACACAUUUUGGACUUCUAUGGCGUUUCAGCCAGUGCAGAUUGGUUUUAUAUUGUGUUCGAAUAUCAGGCUGUCAGUUUAAAGCGUCGUCUAAUAGAGAGUCGACGUGCGCCUAAUAGUGCACCCGCAGAACGCAUUUCAUCAUUGACAGAGCAACUAGUGCUGCAGUGGAUUUAUGAGAUCACCAAUGCCAUGGAAUACUUAAAUAGCUGCAAAAUUGUACAUAAAGAGCUGUGUACGCAUAGCGUAUUUGUAACAGCAGAUUCGAAAAUAAAACUUUCGAUAUUUGGACCCAUACCGUUUGCAAGCAAUCGACAAAAGGUAGACAUAACACGAUGGUUGGCACCUGAAACACUGCGUCAUCAACAUUAUUCCACCAAAUCGGAUGUCUGGUCAUUUGGUUGUGUGGCUUGGGAGUGCUGUACGUUGGGUGGCACGCUUUACGCUAACAUCGCUAACAGUCAGCAAUUAUUGGAUGCGAUUAAGUGUGGGGCGCGACCUGUACAACCUGAUUUCGUAUAUCAGGAUCUUUAUCAGUUGCUAUUGAAUUGUUGGCAACUUGAGCCUAGUGAACGUACUACAUUCGAUGACAUUGCUUACAAUGUACGGCAACUAAUGACUUCGCCAAAGCAUGCACUUUGCUUUGAUCGUACACCAAAUAAUGCAAUCGAUACGCUGCCAUAUUAUUUACCAAUGCUUGAAACACUCAACUAAGGUGAGACUGUCGAAGGGCAGCAUUUGCAACUGCAAUGCUGUAGAAGAUUUAUGAGUGUCGUAGGAAUGCAUGUGCAUCAUAUUUGGAUUUAGUAUUUCUUGUAAAUUUUACGAACAUUUAAAAAUAAUAAUUUAAUUAAUUAAAUGACACAUGAAUUGGACAAUGCCAAGAAUUUUUCUGUAAAUAAAAACUAAACUGUGACCAUUUUAUUUAGACUUUAUGUUUGUCAAGAGCAGAAACGCUGCUAAAAACUUAU